AUGGUGAAUGAUAAUAAAACCUAUUUCCAAAGAUCCCUAAGAAUUGAAAGGAUUCCAAUUGAUUUUAAAUAUAAAAUUUGGAAUCUUUUGCUAAUAGCAAAAGCAAAACUUAACACAACCCAUGAUGGUGAAUUAAACACAACAAACUUUGACGAAUUAAACCAAAUGAUUGAUAGCAGAAUUAAUAAUCCUAGCUAUUCAGAAGAAAUAAAAGAAUCUUUAAAUUUUAUUAAAGACAUCAAAAAUCAAUGUAAUCUCUUACCAUCUGUUAAUUUUUUAACACCUAAUAAAAAUUAUGAUGACUUAAUCGAAAAAUUUAAAGUAAUUUUGCUAAAUUUGCGUUUCAAAGAAGAUGAUAUUAAAAAUUUUAAUUAUAAUGGCCAACAUUAUUUGAAUGAUCAACAUAUUAAAUUGAAUAGAAAGGGGAUUGAAUAUUAUAAAAAUAAGGACUAUGGAAAUGCAUUAAAAUGUUAUAAUCAAAUUGAAAAGUCUCCUUUUAAAAGUUUAUCAUUUCAUUUAAUAUCAAAAAAUUCUUUAAAUUUAGCAAUCCUAUAUUCAAAAUUAAAUAAUGGUCCGAAAGCAAUUGAAUCAAGUUUAAAAUCUUGUAUUUAUAACCCUCUAAAUAAUAGGGCAUACUUUUAUUAUGGUAGAUAUAUAUUAGAAUCAAAUAAACAAAAAGCAUUAGAUCAUUUGUAUACAGCAUUUAUAAUGGAGAGCAAGACCAAAGAAAAACAAUAUUAUGAACAUGAAUAUUUUUCACUAAAAGAUACAACAAUUUCUGGUUUUAAAAAAGUUGAGGAGAGUUUAAAGAUGGAAACAAGACAAAAUCUACUAAAUAUGUAUCACUUUAUUGGACCAAGUAAUAAUCAAAUCUCACAAACUGUUGAACAAUAUAUGGAUCAAGUGGCCAAUCAGACCCAAACAGAAAAAGCGCAUAACUAUAAUGAUUGGGUAACAAAAAUAAAUGAUAAGAUAAAAUUAACCAAGCAAACAAUCAAAAUGACGAAAAGAAAAUUCUUAAGCAUAGAUGAAUUGAUUUCGAAUCCAUUUGAUAUUAAUGAAAUACAAUUUGAUGCUCUACAGAGUAAUGGAAUGAAUGGUAUAGUUAAAUCUGGAACAAUUGGUAGUAUGAAAGUUGUUGUAAAAUUCCCGAAUUCAUAUUUUAAUGGCAUAAUCAGCACUGCAACUAUUAAUAGCACAGGUUCUAGUGAAUGGAGUUUUGGUAGUUCUGACAAUGGUGGCAAUAAUAGCAAUAGCAAUGGGAAUAGCGAUAGUAAUAGUAAUAACGAUAGUAAUAAUAAUAAUAAUAAUAAUAAUAAUAAUAAUAAUAAUAAUAAUAAUAAUAAUAAUAAUAAUAAUAAUAAUAAUAAUAAUAAUAAUAAUAAUAAUAAUAAUAAUAAUAAUAAUAAUAAUAAUAAUAAUAAUAAUAAUAAUAAUAAUAAUAAUAGUAAUAAUAAUAACAAUAGUGAUGGUAGUAGUGGUGAUGACAAUAGAAACUCUGAUAAUUUGAUUAAAUCUGAUUUAAUUGAUGAAUGCUUUUUAAAUGAAACAGUUAGUCAUUUAUUAAUUAAUGAAUUUCAGAUUAAUAAUACUCCAAGUAUAGUAGGUAUUGGAAUUAAUAUGAUUGUUAUGGAAAAAGUAGAUGGAACUGAAUUAGAGAAAUAUGACAAAACAAAAUUAACAAAAAAAAUAUUUAUGGAUUUAGUAAUUUAUCUAAUGGAGAUGAAUAUAUUUGAAAUUCAACACAGAGAUCUUCAUGCAGCAAAUAUACUUAUAAAGGAAGAUGGUUCAUUAAGUAUAAUAGAUUAUGGAUAUUCAAAUAUUGGCGAUGAUAGAAAAGGAUAUGAUAUUUCUAAUCUUAAAUCAAUUUAUUAUGAUUUUUUUAAUAAUUAUGAUACCAUCAAUCAUGAUAAAAAGGAAAAAAUAAAAAAUGUAUUUAAUUAUUUAAAUUUAAAUUUAAAUUCAAAUUCAAAUUUAAAUUUAAAUUUAAAUCUAUAUUCAAAUUCAAACCCAAAUUCAAACCCAAAUUCAAACCCAAACCCAAAGUCAAAUUUAAAUUUAAAUUCAAAUUCAAAUUCAAAUCCAAAUCCAAAUUUAAAUUCAUAUUCAAAUUCACAUUCAAAUUCAAAUUCAAAUUUAAAUUCAAAUCAAAAAAUUUUAAUUGAUUUAUUAAAUAUAUUAAUUGAAGAUGAAGAGAUUUUAAUACCUAUACACUCAAAAUCAUACAAUGAUGAAAGACAAAUCGAAUACAUUUUUGCAAAAAGAGAUAAUGAUAAAUUUCUUUUAAAUGAUAAAACUUUUCCUAAAAUUCCUCAUUGUUUAGAAAUGGAUAAUAAAAUUGAUCUUUCAGAAACACCAAUGCUCAAAACCAAUAUCAUCAAAAAGUCUCUCAAAACUAUUUUACCACCUUUUAUAAAAGUGUGUGAUUUGGAGAUAAAGGGAAAAAAAGAGCUUGUAUUUUGGGUUCAAGACAGAGGCAACAUCAUUAUCUAUGUUCCAAUUUCUAUCGAAUCCCAAAAAUUUAACGGUUGUGUUUGCCCUUAUGGUCAAUAUUUUCACUCAAAAUUAUGUAUUUUUACUGAUAAAGAAGAAUAUGAUAUUCCUUUAAGUUUUAGAACAAAAGGAAAUAUUCAUUUAGAUGAUAAACCAAUUGCCAGGUUUCGUCCACUCACACAUGUAAGAUAUAUCUGUUUCGCAUUAAAAUUGUGUGAUGGUUUAAAAAACGAAUAUAUUAUUGAACCUUUUGAAGAACAAUUUGAAAAAUAA